AUGGCCAAGUCCAAGAAUCACACCAACCACAACCAGAACCGAAAGGACCACAGGAACGGCAUCCACCGUCCAAAGAAGUUCCGCACUCAAUCGUGGGAGGGAAUAAUCAAAGAGUUCCAAGUGGUGCAGCUGUGGCUGUCAAAUGGCGAACUGGUCGAUUGCGAGUACACCAACGACCAGCACAAGGUGGACGCCAUUCAGCGGGAGUUUCUCAAGGUCAAUCCCAACCUUCGCAAAGACAGCAAGUCAUUUUCGCUGAUUGAACAACAUGAAAACUUUACCACUCUGCCGGAGCACCUGAAGCGACUGACCGAGUAUGACAAGUUUGUGCACCAGUGCGUCGGCCUGCACCAGUUAGUUCGCGAGAAGUUUGAGCAGACAAAAAAAAUGGGAAAACGGUCAAAACGGGAAAUGAUGAUUUUUCCGGGAACGAAGUGGUGCGGCAAGGGAUCAAACAAUCUUGAGUUCAGCGACUUGGGCGAUUACUCAUUUGCGGACCGCUGCUGUCGCGAUCACGACCGUUGCAAGUACUCCAUUGGACCCUUCACCUCUCGUUAUCACCUCUUCAACUUUAGGUUCCACUAUGUGUCGCAUUGUUCGUGCGAUGAAAGAUUCCGCUCUUGUUUGAAAGUGGCCGACUCUGGUGCGGCGAACCUAGUAGGAAAGAUCUUUUUCAACAUCGUGCAGACGAAGUGCUUCAUGUUCAGCAUAGAGGAUCACUGCACAGAGACCUCCUGGUGGGGCAACUGCCUGAACAGCAAGCGCCGAAAGCGAGCCGUCUUUCGGGACCCGAUGACCUACUAA